GAUCAAUCGCCAAAAUCGAGGCAGAUGGCAAGGCGCUUGUCGCCGCCUCAACGUAUCACGUGCAAGCCACGCGCGUGAUCGCGUCCCUCCGCUCGCCCUCUCCACCCACCUCUCCGCCCAUGCUGCGCGCGACGCUCCCCCCUCGCUGGCUGCACUGCGCGCCGAUUCUCUCGGCGUCUCGCCACUCGCUGUCGGCGCGCGUCACGCGCUGCCCGCUCGACAUUGCUGCCCCCCGCCUCCAUCGUCCCGCGCUGGGCGGUUUUUCCGCUCGUCGGAGUGUAAUGGCGGAGGCGGCGCCUCGAAGCGAGCAGCAGGCACGGCAAGACGAGAGCGCGGUUACCAGACUGGAAGACAGUGUGGUUACCAGGCACGCAGCUACGAGCGGGGAGCAACGGCGAUUGGAGUUUGAGAUUCGCGCGACGGACGGCGAAGCCCGCGUUGGAUGCAUCCGCGCGACGCGCGUUGGCGAGGCGGGGAGAGGCGGGGAUGAGAAGGCAGGCAUGCAGAGCGCUGAGGAGGGGAAGGGAGCGCAGAGCGGUAGUGAAUGGUUCGAAGUGGCGACGCCCGGUCUGCUAGCGUACACGCGGCGGGGGCUGCCGGUGCAUCUGACGCCGGACGUGGCGCAGACGCUGGGUCUCGGCAGCCCCGCCCACCAGACCGUUGCCGCCCACAGCCAAGCGCGAGCCACAUCAGCGGCGGGGCUGCACGGCUUCCUCGCGCUGCCGCCCGCCACGCUGCUGCUCGCCUCGCCACGCGACUCGCUGCUCUUCCCGGGCGGCCAGCAGGGCGGCAAGGCCUCGGCACGGCCUGCCACGUGGUUCGACACGCCCAGCGGCCGCCGGCAGGUCACUCCAGAAGACCACAGUGCCAUCGUGGCGUCUCUGCUGCCACAUGUCGCCAUCCCAUUGCAUGAUGCGCCGCCCGCCACGUCAUCGCUUAAUCGUCACCGAGUGGCUGUGCAGCGGUCGCUGACGUGGCUGGAUGAGGAGCUGCGAUUGGCUGAAGAACGAGGGGGGACGAGGACAGCGCUGCUAGGAGCGGUGGUGGGGGGCCCGUUUGAGGAGGAGAGGAGGCGGUCGGCCCGCGAGACUGCAGCGCGCACAGGCCUGGCAGGGUACCACGUGGCAGGGUUGGGACUGGGGGAGGCAGUGUCGCACAGGGAUGCUCUGCUCACCGCUGCUCUUUCGGAGCUUCCACCGGAGGCAAUGAGGCACACGUCAGGGCUCAACAUACCAGAGGAGGUGCUGCACGCGGUGGCCAGGGGCGUUGACCUCUUUGACUGCACGUACCCCCACGACCUCACCCUCCUCGGCCUCGCCUCCACGCUGCCCCUCCACCCGCCCUGGUGGCCGCACACCGUGGCGCCAGGAGAGGGGAAAGGGCAGGGGGGGACGAAAGAGGAGAGGGAUGGGGGGGCAGUGGAGGCGGAUGGGGUUUUAAGUGAAGUGGGGAAAGAGAAGGAGGUGUACGGGUCAAAGAUGAACCUGCGGUGCUCAUCACACAAGCGCAGUUUCAUCCCCAUAUCGCGCACAUGCGCGUGCUACACAUGCACCCGCCACACGCGCGCCUACCUGCACCACCUGCUGGACGCACAUGAGAUGCUCGCCCUCGUGCUGCUGGACAUUGGCUGUGCUGCUGGACAUGUGAGUGGCUGUGCUGCUGGACAUGUGAGUGGCUGUGCUGCUGGACAUGUGAGUGGCUGUGCUGCUGGACAUGUGAGUGGCUGUGCUGCUGGACAUGUGAGUGGCUGUGCUGCUGGACAUGUGAGUGGCUGUGCUGCUGGACAUGUGAGUGGCUGUGCUGCUGAUGCUGGUGGUUCUCUUUGCUGCACUGUCGCAAAGCGAGGGGUGAGCCGCGAGGGGUGA